UUGACGUGGCUGCGAGCCGGCCACGCCAGCCGCCCUCCCCGAUCCGCACCGAAUCCGGCUGGCGCGCGCCGGCCCCCUCCUCGCAGUGGUUUCUCCUGCAGCUCCCCUGGGCUCGGCGGCCAGUAGUGCGGCCCGCCGAGCCGCCGCUUCGCCCCUCUCCUCUGGGUGGCCCCGCGCGCGGCCGGCGCUCAGUCGCCCGGGGAGGUGAGGCGUGCGGAGGCUGCUGCGGAACUUGGCUCCCCGCGCAGCGCCGGCCCGCGGAGUCCCCGAGCCCAGACAAAAGAGGCGGCGGGCGCAGGGAGGCGCGGGCGAUGGCCGCGCGAGGAGGCCGGGCGCUGCUGGCGCUGUGCGUGGCCCUGGCCGCCUGCGGGUGGCUGCUGGGGGCCGGAGCCCAGGAGCCCGGGGCGCCCGCGGCGGGCAUGAGGCGGCGCCGGCGGCUGCAGCAGGAGGACGGCAUCUCCUUCGAGUACCACCGUUACCCCGAGCUGCGCGAGGCGCUGGUGUCCGUGUGGCUGCAGUGCACCGCCAUCAGCAGGAUCUACACGGUGGGGCGCAGCUUCGAGGGCCGGGAGCUCCUGGUCAUCGAGCUGUCCGACAACCCCGGUGUCCAUGAGCCUGAGCGUGAGCACGAGCCAGGAGGAGGAGCAGAGGGAGAGGCAGGCUUCCCCCGAGCAGACAGCCCGACGCCGGGCUCGAUUCCGGGACCGCGGGAUGGUGACCUGAGCCAAAGGCAGCCGCUUAACAGACUGAGCCACCCAGGUGAGCCUGAAUUUAAAUACAUUGGGAAUAUGCACGGUAAUGAGGCUGUUGGACGGGAACUGCUCAUUUUCCUGGCCCAAUACUUGUGCAACGAAUACCAAAAGGGCAACGAGACAAUCGUUAAGCUGAUCCACACCACUCGAAUCCAUAUCAUGCCUUCCCUCAACCCGGACGGCUUUGAGAAGGCUGCGUCUCAGCCUGGUGAGCUCAAGGACUGGUUUGUGGGUCGAAGCAAUGCCCAAGGAAUAGAUUUGAACCGUAACUUUCCAGACCUGGAUAGGAUAGUUUAUGUUAAUGAGAAAGAAGGUGGUCCAAAUAAUCAUUUGUUGAAAAAUCUGAAGAAGAUCGUGGAUCAAAACACAAAGCUUGCUCCUGAGACUAAGGCAGUCAUUCAUUGGAUUAUGGAUAUUCCUUUCGUGCUCUCUGCCAAUCUCCAUGGAGGAGACCUUGUGGCCAAUUACCCCUAUGACGAGACGCGGAGUGGUAGUGCUCAUGAAUACAGCUCCUGCCCAGAUGAUGCCAUUUUCCAAAGCUUGGCUCGCGCGUACUCCUCUUUUAACCCACCCAUGUCUGACCCCAAUCGGCCACCGUGUCGCAAGAAUGAUGACGACAGCAGCUUUGUAGCUGGAACAACCAAUGGUGCUGCUUGGUACAGUGUACCUGGCGGAAUGCAAGACUUCAAUUAUCUCAGCAGCAACUGUUUCGAGAUCACUGUGGAGCUUAGCUGUGAAAAGUUUCCACCUGAAGAGACUCUGAAGAGCUACUGGGAGGAUAACAAAAACUCCCUUGUUAGCUACCUCGAGCAGAUACACCGAGGAGUUAAAGGCUUUGUCCGAGACCUUCAAGGGAACCCGAUUGCCAAUGCAACCAUCUCUGUGGAAGGAAUAGACCAUGAUAUUACAUCUGCAAAGGAUGGGGAUUACUGGAGAUUGCUUGUGCCCGGAAACUAUAAACUCACAGCCUCCGCUCCGGGCUAUCUGGCAAUAACAAAGAAAGUAGCAGUUCCUUAUAGCCCUGCUGUUGGGGUUGAUUUUGAACUGGAGUCAUUUUCUGAAAGGAAAGAAGAGGAAAAGGAAGAAUUGAUGGAAUGGUGGAAAAUGAUGUCAGAAACUUUAAAUUUUUAAAAAAGCUUCUAAUUAGCUGCUUUUAAUCAUUAUCUAUACAAUAUAGUAUGAUGUAACGUGGCCAUUUUCCUUUAGAUUUUGUGCAAUAUUUAACAUUGAUUUAUUUUGUAAUCAUUUAAGUAUCAAUAGACACUACUUAAAAUAAAUAACUAGACUUUUAGGUAAAAAUAUAAGAACUUGGUCUGUUUCUCCUCAUAUAACAUUCAUUUUCCUACACAUAUUACAUGGAGGACUGUAGAAAAGGUAUAAGUGAUCUUGCCAUUUUAGACUUAAAUGCAAUAUUCCAUGUUAUUUACGAUACAGAAACUUUUUGAGUAAUUCUAGCCUUUAAAAAUUAAUGAAGUGCUUUUAAUGUAAUUGGUGACAGUGCCACCUGGUGAGUGCACUGAAAAGGUCAACAGUUACAGCGUGGAAUUGUGAGCACUAUACCGCAAGACUUCAAUAGUUCAGUAUCAAUUGUCAUUUGUCUUGUGCUGACUAGCUAUAUAAGCAUGAUCAUGUUAAUGCAUUGUUUUGGAUGGGAAGGAAAUGUAAAUGUUUAGAAAGAGGUUUUAUGAUGAGAAUGGAAAUCGACUUCUUGCUUGUACAUAUGGGGGCUGUACUGUUAUAUUAUUCAGCCUGUUAACGCCACUUAAAAGUUUAAGUGUUUUCUCUUGGUUGUAGAUUGGUCUAGAAUUGCAUUCUGAACGAAUAAAGGUAAAAAAAAAAUC